UUAUAUGUAUCUUGGAACCUGCACUCGAGAGAUGAGAUAAAUAACCACUUGUUUAGAUUUUACCGCUCAUAUUAUUAUUAUUUUAUCUUAUUUAUUAUAUCUACAUAUUGUUUUUAUGUAAUUUUACAAACAUUUUUCAUACAAUUAUUCUAUAGUUUUCAAUUAAAUGAAUCGUUAAACCAAUGAAUCACUCGCUCUAUGAAAACCUGGACAUGGCUGCAGAAUGCGGACCAUGACUUUACUGCUCUGUUUUAUUAGACUGCGAACGUUCCUGACAUUAUUGCUGAAUGGGACACCGACUCGGACUCUGAAACUAUUAUAUUAAGCGAUUUGCAGAUUGAAAGUUCUACUUUUAUCAGUUCCGACUUAGACUUUCAACACCAAGAUCUAAAUAUGAACGGUGAUGAUAAUUAUGAUCAAAGCGCUACAGAUACUAGUAACAGUGACAGUGAAUCUGAGGAUGAUGUUGUCCAGGGAACAAUAGACAGAUGCAGUGUCUCUAACCCUUGGAAUCAUUCUGUAAAAAAUAAACAUAUAGUUGUAACAUAUACCAAUAUUGAAAACGAAGAUCUUGAAGUGAUACAAGAGUUGGUGGAUACGUUUAAACUAAAUGCACACGUACGUUGGAAUGAUAGUGUUACACAUUUAAUUGUGAAAAUUCUUCCAAAUGGUAAAUGUGUUCGAACUAGAAAAAUUAUGAAUGCGCUAUUAUUAAACUGCUUUAUUGUUAGUUUUGAAUGGGCUAAAGACUGUAUAACUUCUAAGACAUUACUGCCAGAGGUAGAUUAUAUACCACCCGAUUAUUCUGGCGAACCAUCCCCAUUAGUGUCUUGGCGUGUGGGACGGGGAAUAAUUGAUUCACCAAUGGAAUGGACUAGAAAAUGCAUUUUAUAUCUUCAUAGUUCUAUUGAAUUCAAUGAGUCAUAUACGGACAUAAAAUUAUGGGCUCAAAGAGCUGGUUUUGUGUUGACUAAUGAUUUGGGAGAGUUCAAUGAUGACUACAAAUUGCGAAUUAUAUUGGCUGAUAAAAAUAGUACAACUAAUGAUGUUCGAGCUAAAUUACCCAACAAAACAGAAAUUACAAGUUGGAUAUGUGAUUAUAAAGCUGUUACAUUAUUCUUGGAUUGGUUUCUUGAGUGUUUGUUUCAAUACAAAUUUGUUGAAAUUGGUCGCGAUUACCAGAUUAUGAAACUAAAUUCAAACAUGGUAGAAUUUACCAAUAUGGAAGAAUCUCUGUUUGAAUUUGAAAAUUGUUGAAUAAUACAUUUUUUAUGUGUAAAUUAAAUAUUUGUAUCAUUAAGAUAUUUUUGGAUUAUUAGGAACCAUAAUCAUGAAACAAAUAUUUUUAUUUUUAUGUUAAGUUAAGUUUAUUAUGUAAUUUAUUUUGUUAAAUUUGUGUUACUUCUUGGUUUCAUGCCAUUUGACUACAGUGUUUUUUUUUUUAUUAAUUUUUUAUAUAAUUAGUGUUUAAACAAAAUAGAGUACAAAUGAUAGUGACAAAAUAUUUUAUUGCUAAGUUUUACUCUGAUGAGAAAAAAGAUGUUGAAUAAGUUUAAUACAAAAUUAACUUAAAAUAUUUUAAUAAUAAUACAGUAUGAUUAUUUAUUGAAUACAAAUAACUGUUGAUUUAUUAUAAUUAUAUUACAUUAUAAUUGAUUUUCCAACUAGAAGUCUAGAAAUAAUACAAUUCAAUGGUUUUUUAGCAUAAGUUUUUCAUUGUACAUCAUCAUUUAAUUAAACCAUAUUUUUAAAAGAAUUGUAUAUUUUUGUUUUAUAUAUCUAGUAAAUGCCAAAUAUAAUUAAAUAUAAUACUUUAAAUGGUUUGGCUAAUAUACAUUUUAUUUUCCAAUCAUGAUAUGUAUAAAAAAAUGUUUUAAUAAAAGCAAGCAUAGCGGGCUUUAAAUUAUCUUUUUUCUUUUACCUCAGUCAAGGAAUUCUACUAAUCAACAAAUAAAACAUGUUUGUAAUUUCAACAAUUUUGUAUAAAUAAUGCUUAAGAAUUUAAUAAUAUUAAGAAAAAUGUAUAAGUUCUUUUGGUGAAAUAUAAUUGCACCUUAUUUUUUUGUCGAAAGACAAAUAAUAGUCAAUUAUAUUAUAGAAAUUUAAAUCAAAAUUAUUGUAUACUUUUUAAAAAUAAUAAUACUUGUUACUUAAUGCAUAGGAUAUUAACUGCAGUACUGAUAUAAUUAAUAAAUAUUAUUAUGUAUGACCAUGAAUUGAGAUGACUAAAUACUUAUCAAGACUUAAGGUCAGUAUUCUCUUAAUUUGUACGUACAGUGUUUUUAAAAUGUAAUUGUUAACAAAUUGUAUUGUAUAAAACAAAUAUAAUUAAUCACUGUGCACUUUAUUUCAUAAAGAGUAAUCCUAAUGAUCUCUGCCAUGCCUGUUAUACUUCUCUGUUUUUAUCGUACAAAAUAUCAUACUUAAAUUUCAUUAGGUAGGUACCUAGAGUCAAUUGAAAACUUAAUUAUAUAUUAUGAUCAGUGGUGUAGUCGUAAAUAUUUUUUUGGGUAUACACCUAAAUUGAGAAAUAUGUAAUACGUAAGGCUCUGCCCCCCACACCACUCGUUUACUAAUUAACUUCAAUUUAUCUAUUAUUAUAAAUAUAUUUAAAUACAUAAUAAUAUAUAAUUCUAUUAUAGCAAA